CAACCGACGCUGUUAAUAUUUGUCGGCGCAGGGCUCUGGACAUCGCUCAAACAAUAAUUGAUUGAAAGUGUAAAAAAACAGAAUAAGACAUGAUUUAAAUUUUUAUUUGGUGAAAACUUUGUUUUGUUUAACAAAAGUCUGGCAACAACAAAAUUGUGUUAAGAAGAAAGAAUUAAUAAAGAAGAAAUUGUCAAAGUAAUUUGCAGAAAAAAUACACAAAAGUUGAAAAAUUGUAAAUUGAAAUACAAAAUAUUAAAUUAAGAUAUAAGAAAACGGAAUAAUAAUGGGGAGCAUCGAUAAAGCAUGUAUAUCAGGUUUUCUAUGUCGUCUAUGUUCGGAAAUGCAUCGAAUUGUAAUCCAUAUAUAUGGGGAUCAGGGACAGCGCCUUUGUCUGGUUGAAAAAAUAAAUGGCUAUUUGCCUAUCACGAUCUCACCAACUGAUCCGUUGCCCAAAACUAUAUGUACAACAUGUUUGCGACGCGUAGAACAACACUACGAUCUUUUGAUGCGUUUGUCAAGAAUUAAAAAAGAACGAUUUCUGCGUUUUAACAACAAACAGCGACCCCGUGUUUCACCAAUUUCAAGUAUUGAAAAUUCGGAAGACGAAGUAUAUCAAAGCGAUGAUGAGUCUCGUCGGCGACGUCAGCAGUUGGAUAUUCCUCCACAAAGACAGAUGACACAAUCACAACAACAUUUUUUAUCAACGCCAGCGGCAACGACUGUAUCUUCGUUAUUUUCAGCAACAACCGCUGAAUCUUUUUCUACAUCUAGUUCCAUGAAUACAGCGUCUAGUUCAAACGAUCAUGGUAAUGAGGAUGAUGAUGUUGACGAUGAUGAUAGUGGUGCAAGUACAAGUGCUAGUGCUUUGGCAGCAAUUACGCAAACUAUUACUGCUGUAAAUGAUACAAAUAUAGGCGAUUCUACUUCAUCGUCGUCAACAUCAUCGUCUACUCAUCCACUUUCUGCUGAGGGUGGCAGCAGUUUCGGUAUUGUUUUGCAACAGAACACUGACUGAUGUUAUUAAGUAAGACGAAUGAGGACGUUACACAUUAUAAUUAUUACUAAUACUGAUUAGAACGUAAUUGGAUAUAAUUUAGAUCUAAAUCAAAGUGAUCAUCAAAAUCCCUUUCCUCGCCCUUCCCUUUAUCCUUCCAUAACUUUCCAUUAUUACCUUACUGAAGUUCAUUACAAAUUAUCAUCAAACCCCUUCCCUCGCCCUUUAUCCCUGCACAACUUUCCAUUCUUACUUUACUGAAGUUCAUCAUAAAUUAUUAUUAAAGAAAUACAACAAAUAGCCAUAUUAAUAAUUUAA